AUGCCGGCCGCUAGCAGAGCCGCACUAAACGAACCCCGAGCCUCGUGGGGCGCAUUCCUCACUCACAUCGGCCCCCCGCACCAAGUCACGACCACACCCGAAAACACGUCGCCUCUCAACGUUAAAAUAGCUCGCGACUCGUCCACACGGAGCGUGCGGAAUACAGUGCGGGAAAAUGGAAUUCAUUUUUUAAUGGCGGCCGCACAUGCGCAGAGAUGGUUUUCAACCACCGCGCCUGCAGUAGUGCGCGUCACCCGUUCACAUUCACAGGUGUAUUAA